GGGUAGCAGCGUGUAGUGUGUAAUGUCCUCUAAAGACCCGGAGGUGUCAGAGAGACAGUAAUGCUGGGGCCAGCGGUGCUCAGGACUCUCCGGACCCCGUUCCCCCGCACACUGACCGCGGCCCCGGGCUGGAGCUCUGCCCCGGCGGAGUCCGUCCUCCAUCCGUGGUCCUGUGUCAGGACGCUGCUGCUGAACUCCGCCUUAUGCGCUGGACACAACAAGUGGUCUAAGGUGAAACACAUUAAAGGACCCAAAGAUGAGGCGAGAGCGAAGAUGUUCAUGAAGCUCGGCUUGAUGAUAAGAAUAGCUGUGAAAGAGGGAGGAUCCAACCCAGAGCUCAAUAUCAACCUCGCUCACAUCGUGGAGCAGUGCCGGAACAACAACAUGCCCAAGGCGAGCAUAGAAAGUGCUGUCAAGAGUGCAGAAAAGGCCAAACUGGCGUCUCAGCACACAUUUGAAGCUCGGGGACCUGGUGGAUGUUUGCUGCUCAUCGAGGUCCUCACUGACAACAACGCUCGCAGCCACCAGGAAAUUAAACGUCUGCUCGGCAAGAACGGUGGGGCGCUGUCAGAUGGCGUCCACCACAGCUUCAGCAGGAAGGGAGUCGUCACAUCAGCCGGCAAGAGCAUCUCCAUGGAGCAAGCUCUGGAGCUGGCCAUCGAGGCAGGAGCUGAAGACGUCCAUGAGAGUGAGGAUGAGGACGAGCAGCGUCUCCUGAAGUUUAUCUGUGACGCCACGCAGCUCAAUCAUGUCCGUGCCUCGCUGGAGAGCGUGGGAGUCCAGAUCUCGUCUUCUGGACUGGAGUGUCUUCCCAGCACCAUGUCAUCUCUGGACCAGGAGCAGCUGAGUGCUGCCUCCACACUCAUAGAGGCUCUCAGUGACUGUCCAGACGUGGUCCGAGUGUGGGACAACAUCCAGGCUGACGGCUGAGGACUGUGGACACGUGGACAUUGGACAACCUUGCACAUCAGUCAGUAUGAAGACGACAGCUUGUCUUGGACAUCAGCAGGAUGAACGUCUCGGCCACUGUCGGAUAUUGUCUAUAUUGGAUAUUGGAUGAUAUGUGACGAUUUACCUAAGAUCAUAAAUAAAGUGAACUCUAAGAGACUUUGAAUUCAA